UUAAAAAAUAAAGUUGAAAAAUGAAAAUGCCUGCAACCGCUCACCUUCCCAGUUGCUGUUCCCUCCCUCCAAAUCUUCCGAACUUUCAUCGCAAUGUCGAUCACCAGAGAAAUCUCACAACUCUAUCACUUUCUACUACUCACAGCAAAAUCCCUAUCAGAGAUUUCUCCACUUUGACUCCUCACAGUUUCGUCAAUCCCAAUUCCAAUCAGAGCCGGAUUCAUCCUCCGUUUCUUCACUUCCUUCCUUCUAUUGACUACAAAGAUAGCAAUAAUCACAACCCAGAACCCAGAGACCAAAAGCUCCCUCAAGGAGACGAGCAAAAGGAGUUCAAGAACGACGAAGAUAGGAGGGUACAUUUCACAAACAUGUGGUGGGCAGAUGUGAAAGCAGCGUUAGGGCAGAGAAUAAACUUGGAGGCCAUUUAUUCGAUGUUUGUGUUUGUGAAGGACCCGAAAUUAGCACUGCCCCAUGUUUCUGUUCCAGAUUUGAGGUCUAUUGACUGGGGUGAGCUGCAAAGAAGGGGUUUCAAAGGGGUCGUGUUUGAUAAGGAUAACACCAUUACUGCUCCUUACUGUUUGACCCCUUGGCCACCGCUUGCUUCUUCGCUGGAACUUUGUAAAUCGGAGUUUGGUCCUGAUAUUGCUAUCUUCAGUAACUCCACUGGACUUCAUGAGUAUGACCAUGAUGGUUCGAAAGCUAAGGCACUUGAGGAGGCAAUCGGGAUUAGAGUCGUAAGGCACAGGGUGAAGAAACCAGCUGGAUCCGCUGAUGAAAUUGAAAAGCAUUUUGGUUGUGAAUCCUCGCAACUAAUCAUGGUUGGUGAUCGGCCCUUUACUGACAUUGUAUAUGGCAAUCGAAAUGGGUUUCUUACUAUUUUGACUGAACCUUUUAGUCCCGCUGGGGAGCCAUUUGUUGUUCAACAGGUGAGGAAACUGGAAACUUCAUUUAUAAAUCAUUGGCGUAGAAGAGGGUUGGAGCCACCAUCUCACAAACUAAUGCCUGACCCGACAGUGUGUGUGAAAGAGUCUCCCCCUCAUCGGUAAAACUGGAAUCAACUCUGCAUAAUUUCCCAGAAUGCUACACUACACGCUACACACACUACAGGAAUCCAUGAUUUGUCAAUAUCUUUUUGUUUGAUUGUUGAUGACACUAGAUUCACACCAAAUGGGUGUUCCUGUUUUUGAUAAUCAAAAGCCAGAUGAAUAGAUAGUUUGAGCAAGAAUUGCUUAACUUCA